AUGAUCUUGGUGAAACCAUUUAAGGAAAAGAAACUAUUAUACCUAGAAGCUUUUAAUGAAGCUUGCAUUUUAUGUAUUUCUUAUAGUCUCUUCUUGUUUACAGAUUACCUUCCCGAUGACCCAGAUUUCUAAUACCAAAUUGGAAACCUAGCUAAAAACGCAAAUUUAGAAAUCGUAAGAACUCUAAUGUACUUUCACGGAAAAAAGAAGGAUUAAAAAGUCGAAUUUAAAGAGAUAAAGUAUUUGAUUUAACAAGGAGCUUUGAAGAGAUUGAUAACAUUGGUUUUAUUAGGAAUUCGUUGA